AUGCCGGAACAGAGGCAGCAGCAGCAGCAGGAGGAAGGUGGCUUCAACUUCCGGACCAUUAUCCAGGGUAUUGCCAUCUUCGCCCUCGUCCAAUUUGCUAUGGGCCAAUUCUUCGGCGGAAACAAAAAUCAAUCUCAAGGUGGUGCGUCGACUGGCCCGACCGGCCAGAUCCCAGCUUAUACCGAUCGUCCUGCGCGCAAUGAGGUCGAAAAUUGGAACGCUAUCCCGAGCGGGAUUGCGCCGAUGUGGCCGUCCAACAGUUCCUUGGAUAUCAGCAUCUACGUAUCCUCGUCUGUCCACAUGCCUGCAUUGUCGGCCGUUCCCAAGGAGUCUCUCGUGAUGGAAGAGAAAGCAUUCAGCAUGGCCAACUGGAGCGAGAGUCGUGAAAUUGAUACUACAUUCAAGGUCCCCAAGGAGGUGCAGCAGAAUGGAACUCUUUGGGCCCACUUCUACGUUGCUUUGAGCGGCCACCAGCUCGAUCCAGCUGCCAAGGACUACAGCCCUGAGAGCGCCGUCCAUUUCCUUCGUCCAUUGAACCAGUAUCUGCCCAAGAAGAAGGUUGCGAAGCGCAAGAAUCUCCUGGCAAGCGCCGAGGACGCUGCGGAUAAGGAGGGUGAUACUACACCAAAGUACUCGGUCUCCUCUUACUACCAUCCCAACUUCACCGUCUCGGUCAUCCCCGACUUUGGCGUGGCGAACUACCAACAAAUGCMCCCCGCCGUUAGGCAAUAUGUACACUUGGAGAGCACUGGUGCGCGUGACAUUACUGGCCAAAAUACUUGGUACUACCCUGUUUUAUAUCUAAAUACCUUCUGGCAACUCAAAUCACACAUGACCGAACUCAAUUCUACCGUCGAAACUCUUCCCCUUCGCAUUGUGUUGAACAAUCUGAGCAAUUGGAAGUUCAAUAUCUUGGCUAGCAUGGAUGAAGGCGCAAAGCAGAAUGCCCGCAAUGCGGCUAGUGGACAACCUGUUCCUGGUGGUGGUGAUGGAAGUGAAUUCGAGAUGAUCAAGGAGGUUCUUUUGAACACCAACAUUUAUCUUCUCGGUACCACCGCCAUCGUUAGUGUUCUGCACAUGAUCUUCGAGACUCUUGCUUUCAAAAACGACAUCGCUCAUUGGCGCAAGAAGAAAGACAAUAUUGGUACUUCGGUUCGUACUAUCAUCGCUAACAUCUUCAUGCAACUGGUCGUUUUCCUAUACCUCAUCGACAACAAUGAAAACACAUCCUGGAUGGUUCUUGCAAGCCAAGGAUUUGGUAUUGUUCUUGAAGCCUGGAAAGUCACGAAGACAGUGGAUGUUCGUCUCCGCCCUCCUCCACAGAACUCGUUCUGGUCUUUCCUACCCUAUGUUGUCUCCUUCGAAGACAAGCAUAAACUCAGCGAGACGGAAAAGAAGACCCAGGAAUACGACGAGAUUGCCUUCAAGUAUCUCUACAUUAUUGCCUUGCCAUUGUUAGGCGCAUACGCUGUUUACAGUUUGAUGUACGAAACGCACAAAUCCUGGUAUUCUUUCAUCAUCGAAACUCUUGUAGGCAGCGUCUAUGCAUACGGUUUCCUCAUGAUGGUUCCGAGUCUGUACAUCAACUACCGUCUCAAGUCUGUUGCCCACAUGCCAGGCAGAGCUUUGAUGUACAAGUUCCUCAACACUUUCAUCGAUGAUUUGUUUGCCUUCACCGUCAAGAUGCCAUGGCUCUACCGCCUUGGAACCCUAAGAGACGAUGUCAUCUUCUUUGUUUGGGUCUACCAAGCUUGGAAGUACAAGGUUGACUACAAGCGUGUCAACGAAUUCGGCCAGGGAGGCGAGUCAGACGAGGAGGUUGAGGAAGAGGUGGUCUCUGAGACCGUCAAGAAAGUUGAGGCAGAUACGGCGGCUAAGUCUACCGGUGCCGCUAAGGCUGGUUCUUCGACACGUCGGAGAAAGUAG